CGACCCCACUAGUUUUUUCAUUUCUCUCUUCGUUCCGCCCACCACCAGUAUCCCUCCAGACAUCCCACCAACAGCGCCCAGGGUCGUCUUCAAUUCACUUACACUCCAUUCGUCGACGCCCUCACCGUUAUCCGCGUCAUUCAACGCGCAAGAUCCCACGCAACAGGCCGCGUUCCCCAUACAAUUGGCCUCCGUCGUCCAAGGUGCAAGCAAGCAGACAGCCUGCGCUUUCUGCUUGGUGCCGGAGAAAAGGGAGGGGCUUCAAGACCAUCUACGCCUCUGUAUGUCCCAUCAACCAGGGCCCCGCGUAUUUUUCUGGUUUCAUUUUUGCAGCACCUUUGCUGCCCUUCAAAAGCUCUUUGGAGAAGAAAUCAGAAUAGAAAAGAAAAAGAACAAAAAAAAAAGCAUUGACACCCGGCUGCCCUGCCUACGAGGGAUUAUAACACGGUCACGAUGUCGUCCUUCCUCACACCCACGAAGAAAUCCCAGAAGCCGACGGUGGGCAAAUCGAAGCCGUUCCAACCCCCCAACCGUAUUCGGGCCAUUCGUGAACAAGCCGAACGCCAACAGGCAAACGCCGCUGCUGCCGCCGCCAGCGCUGUCGCCCAAGCACAGCUGAACCGCUCCAGAGCACCGACCGUCGCCGUCUCGAACCGCCCACAAUGCCCGAACAAAACCUGUAUCAAGCCCAAUGUCGUCGACGGCGUGUGCCAGACCUGCGGUCGAGUCGCUGACGACAGCAACAUCGUCGCCGAAGUACAGUUCGGGGAGACCUCUUCGGGUGCUGCCAUGGUACAGGGAAGCUACAUCGCCGCUGACCAGGCCGGCGUGCGGACAAUGGGCCCUGCGUUCCGCCGCGUUGGUGGCUCCGACGACCGAGAGAAGUCCAUCCGCGAGGCUCGCUCCUUGAUGCAGGGGUACGCCCAGAGGCUCAACCUGAGCGACAAUACUGUCAACACCGCCGUUCAGGUCUUCAAGCUCGCAUCUCAGGCCAACUUUGUUCAAGGUCGCACCCUCGUCAUGGUUGCCGCCGUCUGCCUUUACACUGCUUGCCGCACCGAGCGACCUUGCAAGAUCAUGCUUAUCGAUCUUGCGGACCUCACGCAGAUCAAUGUCUUCAAGCUUGGCCGAGCCUUCAAGGCUCUGAACAGGGUCGUGUACAUCUUUGGCAACGGAGAGGCCCCGGUAUUUCCCGAGGAUAUUCUUUUCCGGCUCGCCUCCAAGCUCGAGUUUAAGCACAUGACUAAUAGGGUUGCUGAAGAUGCUGUCCGUCUCGUUCAUCGCAUGAAGCAGGACUGGAUCGUCAUGGGCCGUCGUCCAUCCGGUAUCUGUGGUGCUUGUUUACUCAUAGCCGCCAGAAUGCACAACUUUAGGCGUACGACCAGAGAAGUCGUCUAUGUUGUCAAGGUCACGACCCACACUAUACAAGAACGUCUGCAGGAGUUCAACGUCACUGAGGCCAGUAAGAUGACGGUGGAGGACUUUCUGUCACAGGACUUCAGUUCCAGUUCGCACGACCCGCCUUCAUUCUACAAAGGCACAGAGGCUUGGCAGAAGCAGCAGGAGGAGCUGGGCAAGAAGCGCAAGCGCAAGGCCACAGAUGAAGGCCAAAAUACCAGAACCGCGCCGGCACCUUCACUCCCCCCUCCCGACUUAUCUACGGCUCCCGCCGUUGAAUACCGCCGAGACAAGGACGGCUUCAUUAUUCCCCCCCUCCCUUCCCAGAUUGCUCAGGACGAGCCGGCUCUGCGAGACACAAACAGCACUCAGCAUCUCGAAGGCUUGGCGGAAGAGUUUGGUGAUGCCGAGAAACAAAGCGAUGAAGCGUCACGACAGGAUGCCGCCAAUAAGAAUGGACGUCAACCUAAGCCUUCCUUGCCCAUCGACAAUGAGUGGGAGGAGGACGAGGCCCAGAUGGAGGAGCAGAUAUCGGAGAUUAUGAACGACCCGGAGACAUACGAGCAUGCCAAAGCUUUCAGUAACGCUGAGCAGCGUGCCCGCAUCCACUCCAUCUGGGCGCUUCAGCAGCAGCCCAACAAGGCUGUAUCGAUGGCACCAGAGGUCGGCGAAGACGAGUUUGCCGAUGAUCCCGAGGUGUUGAACUGCAUGUUGACGCCCGAGGAGAUCAAAAUCAAGGAGUUGCUGUGGGUCAACGAGAACAAAGACUGGCUGCGUCAGUCGCAAGAACGCCUAUUCAGAAAGAAGCUCGAAGAGAAGAAACCCAAAAAGGACCGCAAACGGAAGAAGCGACCACGCAUUGGUGAGGGCCAGACGACUCCUGCUAGUACACCCGGCGAGGCAGCAGUCAACGUCAUGAAGGAGAGAGGCUUCUCGAAACGCAUCAACUACGACGCUAUCAGGCAAAUGUUCGACGUGCCGGACAAGGGUGACCCGGGAUCUCGGCCGGAGAGUGAAGCUGCUAGCCGUCCGACCAGCAAGGCGCCUAGUGUGAUUGACGAGACCAUCCAUGAGGAGGAGGAGGAAGAGGAGGAGAUUGAACCUCUUGAGGGUGAAGAAUACGAACACCAGGAUGAUGAGUUUGGCGGUGGAGACGACUACGACGACAUGGGUGACGAGUCCCACAUGUACGACGAGGAUGAUCAGGGGAUGGAAGAGGAGGAUGAAGACGAUGAUGACUUCGGUCUGAACGACGAUGACGAGUGAUCGUAGAUCGUUGUUGGAUGCAUCGUCGUACUCUGGGUUAGCGAACAUCGAGGAUGACGGCGUCAUUGUAUUAAUAUACCCAAGGGCCUAGUACGGUUGGCCGCAUGGCAGUACAGUUGCAUGCGUCACAUGAGUCAUGCACUUGUAGGCAAUGAAGGAAAUUUGCAGAUUCCUCAAAAGUAAUUCUUUUGAUUACUACAUUUUCGAUUGCCGCUCCUGAUUGUGUGUCUUUGGUUAAUAUACUCUUGUUGUGUUGCAUUAGAUGCGACAGGCAUGUCUGCC